GGAUAAUGGGGAGGCUAUGCAGGUGUGUGGGCUGGAGGGACUUUGCAGAUGUCAUUAAGGAUUUUGAGAUGGAAAGUUUAUCCUUGAUUACCUGCACGGGCCCAGUAUAAUCACAACUGUCCUUAUAAGAAGAGGAGCUUUGGAAGAAGAGAGAGUUGACUAUGGAAGAGGGAAAAGAUUCCAUCGUGAUCGCCUUCUGGGUGAGCCUGGCUGCCUUCGUGCUGCUCCUCUUCCUCAUCCUGCUUUACAUGUCCUGGUCGGGCUCCCCGCAGAUGAAGAACAGCCCCAAGCACCACCAAACAUGCCCCUGGAGUCACAGCCUCAGCCUCCAGCUCUGCAUCCAGAAGUGCCUGCCGUGCCACAGGGAACCCCUGGGGACCUCACGGGCUCAGGCGAGUUCAGUGGAGCCAGGGAGCAGAACUGACCCUGACCAGCUGCUACGACAGGAGAGCUCCUCCACCUUGCCCCUUGGGGUUUUCCAGACCCACCCCACUCUCCUCUGGGAACUGACCCUCAAUGGGGGUCCCCUCGUCAGAAGCAAGCCCAGCGAGCCUCCCCCUGGAGACAGGAUCUCUCAAUUGCAGAGCUGAUGUCAGCAGAUCGUGGCCAUAGCUGAGUGAACUGGUGAAAUCAAGCCAACCUGGACACCUCCGUUCUUUGUUCUUCUUAGAGGCUGUCUGCAUGUAGCGGAAAGGGCACCUAGGUCAAGUGCGACUAGAGCAGGAGCAUCCUAUGCCUUUGACAAAGAUUGCAGUGGUCCCUCGAGGGCAGAGGUCAUCCCAGCUGUUGCUGAUUUUAUUGAGCACACUUAGCCCGCUUGCUUAUGGCUUGUUUGCUUAGGGAAGAGUAGGAAAAUAAAAUAUAUGUAAAUCCAGA